CUAGCCCAGCAGACACUGGGCUUUCUUUCUUUUUUAAUGAAUGAGAGGGAAUUAAUAUACAUUAGUAAAUGAAGUAAUGGGACAUCUAUUCAAGUAUUUUAUGCAUUAAAACUUUUUGGAUGCUUUUCUCAGUAUAAAGAUUCAAUCCAUUUGACAGCUGGAGUUACUGUCUUGGAUCUCAAAGAACACAACUGGGUCUUGGGCAGCAGAGGAAGACUGAUUCGAUGAUCCGCACGAUCAUGUAGGUUAAAUACUGGGCUUUUGGAAACCAAGACUUGGCUCCAUUUUACUUUAUUAAGUAGAGAUUAGGGCCUGGGAUGCGAUGAAGCCUGUUUUUAACACAGCAAGUCAAGUCAGGCUUCUGCAGCGUGUGCAGCGAGUAUGUGUUAGGAAGGGCAUCCAGGAAGGGUAGGCACUGCUCCUAAGCUGCUAGAUUAUAAGGCAGCUUGCAGAGGGGAGAAACGUGCAGGGAUGGCGUCCUGGAAUGUCCUGGAGCCAGCAGAAGCAUAAAGUGCGAGGCAGUGAUUUGGCCAGGAAGCCUGUGUUUACAGACCAUUUGCUGUGGAUUUAGGCAUGGUGCAGAUGCAUGCAGGAAUCUGAAGACUUUGACCUUUCUCUGACUGUGUAUCUCUCUGCGCUUUCGUUGCCGGGAAAUCAUGGAAUGUUGAAGCCAGCAGGAACACGCUUUAUUAUUUUUUUAGGGGAAGGAGCAAGGGUUUUAGACCUUGUCAACCUGAAUUCAAAUCCUAGUGUAGGCAUUUGUGAGUGUAGGCAAGACAUUAUACCUUUCCAGAGGGUCCGAGAUAUUGAAUAAUUCCCCCGAGGUUACAGAACCGGGAUGUCAUUGUUUCAGUUAUGUAUUGCUGCUAAUCAAGCCACUCCCAAACUUAGUGGCUUAAAGUAGCAAUAGUCCCUUAUUUAGCUCAUAAAUCGGCAAUGGGGGUGACGGCCCAGCAGGGCAGGCUAGUGUCUGCUGGGCUAGCUCGGCUGGGGGCUGAGGUUCUAUUUCCCCGGGUGGCUCAGUCACCUGGCCGGCUUGUCCGUGGGAGUUCAGCCCCAGAUGAGAACGGGGAGCUUAGUUCCUUCCCACCAUGGCCUUUCUGCAGGCGACUUGGGUUUCCUCACACCAUGGUGCCUGCCUUCCAAGAAUCAGGAAGAGGAAUCCAUUUCUUUCUUUCUUUUUUUUUUUUAAGAUUUUAUUUAUUUAUUUGACAGAGAGAGACACAGUGAGAGAGGGAACACAAGCAGGGGGAGUGGGAGAGGGAGAAGCAGGCUCCCCGGGGAGCCCGAUGUGGGACUUGAUCCCAGGACCCUGGGAUCAUGACCUGAGCCGAAGGCAGUCGCUUAACGGACUGAGCCACCCAGGCGCCCGAGGAAUCCAUUUCUUAGGACCUGGGCUUGGAAACUGGCACAGCAUAACUUCUGUCUUAUUCUGUAGACAAGCAGUCACCAAGCCCAGGUUCAAGGGAAGUGGCCACAGGCCCCGCUUUUUAAUGAGAAGAGUGUCCAAGAACUUGGGGUUGUGAUUUAAAACAGCCAAAAAUGGAGACCUUAUAUUCUUUCAUUUAAUCUAAAACAAGGUAGGAAUUCAUCUUAUUUCUCUUAUUCUUAUUCACUUCGUAUUCAUCUCACUCACCUCUUUUUUAUUUAAAAAAAUUAUUAUUUAAAAAUUUUUAAUUCCAGUAGAGUUAACACACAAUGUUAUAUUGGUUUCAGGUGUACAAUAUAGUCACCCAAGAAUUCUAUCCAUUACUCAGUGCUCAUCAGGAUAAGUGCUCUCCUUAAUUCCCAUUACCUAUUUCAGCCCCACCCCCACCCCCCUCUGGUAACCAUCUGUUUGUUCUCUAUAAUUAAGAGUCUAUUUUUUGGUUUGUCUCUUUCCCCCUCCCUUUGUUCAUUUGCUUUGUUUCUUAAAUUCCACAUAUGAGUGAAAUCAUAUGGUCUCUGUCUCUCUCUGAUGGACAUUUCACUUAGCACUCUACUCUUUAGAUCCAUGUGUGUUGGUGCAAAAGGCGAGAUUUCAUUCUUUUUGGUGGCUGAGUAAUAUUCCAUUGUAUAUAUAUCCACCACAUCUUCUUUAUCUAUUCAUCAAUCGAUGGACACUUGGGCUGUUUCCACGGUUUGGCUAUUGUAGGUGAUGCCUCAAUAAACAUUGGGGUGUAUGUAUCCCUUUGAAUUAGUGUUUUUGUUUUCUUUGGGUAAAUGCCCGGUAGUAGAAUUAUUGGAUAGUAGGGUAGUUCUAUUUUUAAUUUUUUGAAGAAUCUCCAUACUUUUUUUCCACAGUGGCUGCACCAGUUUGCAUUCCCAACACCUCUUUUUUUAUUAUCUGCUUUUAAAAAAGGAAUUUUUAGUGAUUUGCCCAUGGUCACACAUCUCAAGUUGAUGUUGGAACUUGGAUUCAAACACAAUCCUGUUGAUGCUGUCUCUCUCUCUCUCUCUCUUUUUUUUAAAGUUUUUAUUUAUUUGACAGAGAGAGACACGGCGAGAGAGGGAACACAAGCAGGGGGAGUGGGAGAGGGAGAAGCAGGCUUCCUGCAGAGCAGAGAGCCCGAUGCGGGGCUCAAUUCCAGGACCCUGGGAUCAUGACCUGAGCUGAAGGCAGAUGCUUAACGACUGAGCCACCCAGGUGCCCCUUGCUCUUUCUUUUUUAAAGAUUUUAUUUAUUUGAAGAGAGAGAACACAGAGGGAAAGUGAGAGGGAGAAGCCAACUCCCUGCUAAGCAGAGAGCCCCACGUGGGGAUCCCAGGACCCUGAGAUCAUGACCCAAGACAGGCAGACGCCCAACCUACUGAGCCACCCAGGAGCCCCGAUUCUGUCUCUGAAUAGCCCUGCUCACUCCCCAUGCCUUGUGCCCGUGGCCAUCAUCAUCCCAUGCUAUGACCUGCAAAACCUCCCCACUUGGCUUUCUGUGUCCCUUCUUAAUCCUUCCACCACAAGCCAAAGCUGCCUUGGCACAGCAAACUUCGUCCUUAUGAAGGGCAGAGGGCUUAGCUUAUUCCUCUGUUUAAGCACCUCAGGCUCAACAAGAGCCAUCUUCCCUCCAUACUUGAAUCCAAGAGAAGUCAACAUUUAAAUUUUUCUCUACUGUGUAUUGACCCAAACAUGGUGCUAAAUGCUUUAGAGGGAUUAUCUAUUGUAAAAUUUCACUAGUCUAUUCAUUAAAUUCUUUUGCAUUUAAAGCCAGGUAUGCUUGAUCAGGAAGCCAAGAUUUUAACUUCCAUGGUAACCUGUAUGUACUUAAAAUUUCCCAAAUGCAUGGUGUCUGGUAUCUGGGAUUUUAUACUUGCUGUGCUCUUUCUCUCUCUUUUUCUCAAGAUUUUAUUUAUUUAUGGGGGGAGGGGAGGAGGGAGAAGCAGACUCCCCACUGAGCAGGGAGCCCGACAAGGGGCCCCAUCCCAGGACUCUGGGAUCAUGACUUGAGGGGAAGACAGGUACUUAACUGACUGAGCCACCCAGGUGCCCCCUUGCUGUGCUCUCUUUACUUCUCUUUUAUCUCACUCACUUAUCCUUAACUUCCAGGUUCCAGCUGAGACGUGUUCUUGGAUUCCUCCAGACUGGGGGAGCUUCCCUGUUAUUUCCUCCCAUAAUAUCACCAUCUAUAUCCAGCACUUAAAAAAAAUUUUUUUUUAAAGAUUUUAUUUAUUUGACCGAGAGAGACACACUGAGAGAGGGAACACAAGCAGGGGGAGUGGGAGAGGGAGAAGCAGGCCUCCCGCAGAGCAGGGAGCUGCAUGUGGGUCUCGAUCCCAGGACCCUGGGAUCAUGACCUGAGCCAAAGGCAGAUGCUUAAAGACUGAGGCACCCAGGCGCCCCCAGCACUUUAAAUUUUGUAAUGAAAUUGUCUGUUUUCUGGAGCUCCUCACAGACUAUAUAUUCUUUGAGGGCAGGGACAAUGACUGGACUUUGCUUUCCUCUUCCAAAAUGAAAGAUGUCCUAGUGCACCAUCCUCACUGGUUCUCUUUGAGUUGUCUUCAUCUAUGAGGCUAUGAGUGUCCUGACUUCCACUCCCACAUAUGCUGCCAUAUGCCCCAAACUGGACCCAUGUAACAGAGUUUGUCAUGGUGGGCUUUGCUGGGGUGCAUGAAGCACGCCUCCUCUUCUUUACACUCUUUCUCACCAUCUACCUGUUCACCUUGGUGGAGAACUUGGCCAUCAUCUUGGUGGUGGCUUUGAACCAGCGGCUACGUAGACCCAUGUAUUUCUUCCUGACACACUUGUCCUGCCUUGAAAUUUGGUACACGUCAGUGACAGUGCCUAAGAUGCUGGCUGGUUUUAUCGGGGUAGGUGCCGGCAAGAAUAUCUCCUACGCUGGCUGCCUGUCUCAGCUCUUCAUCUUUACCUUCCUGGGAGCAACCGAGUGUUUCCUACUGGCUGCCAUGGCCUAUGACCGCUAUGUGGCCAUUUGUUUGCCUCUCCGAUAUGGGACCUUGGUGUCGUGGGGCACCUGCGUCCGUCUGGCAGCUGCUUGUUGGCUGGUGGGCCUCCUCACACCUGUUUUGCCUAUCUACCUCAUGUCCCAGCUGACAUUCUGUGGCCCCAAUGUCAUCGACCACUUCUUCUGUGAUGCCUCACCCCUGCUAGCCUUGUCCUGCUCAGAUGUCACCUUGAAGGAGACCACGGACUUCCUAGUCUCCCUGGCAGUGCUCCUGGCCUCCUCUAUGGUCAUUUCUGUGUCCUAUGGCAACAUCGUCUGGACAUUGUUGCAUAUCCGUUCGGCUGCUGAGCGCAGAAAGGCCUUCUCCACUUGUGCAGCUCACCUGACCGUGGUGAGCCUCUUCUAUGGCACUCUUUUCUUUAUGUAUGUCCGGACAAAAGUGGCCUCCUCCUUCAACUUCAACAAGGUGGUGUCUGUCUUCUACUCCAUUGUCACGCCAAUGCUCAACCCCCUCAUCUACAGUCUUCGGAACAAGGAGGUGAAGGGAGCUCUGGGCCAAGCCUUUUCCCUCAGGUCUUGGAAAGGUCACUGAGGAGGCAAGUGAGGAUCUAGUUUUCUUGUCUUGGCUUUUCAGAAGGAGGGCUGUGGGACAGAGCAGUGCCCUGGGUAGCCAGGAGUUAUGGAUUAGGUAUUAGUUAAAGUAAAAUAUUAAUCUGCUGUAACAAGAGACACCUAACUAUAAUGUAGCUUGAAGAGGGAAGAUUUCCUCUUUCCUGCACCCGUCCAAGGUGAGUGCUCCAGGUUGGUGAGUGGCUCUGCUCAACAGGCAUUCAAAGACCCAAGUUCCUUCCAUCUGCAAGGUCAACAUCUCUUAGGAUGUUGGCAAACUAAGAGCGGUAGGCCAAAUUCAACUCAGCACUUGUUUUUAAUGACCUGUGAGUUAAGAAUGGUUUUUAUACUUUCAAUACUUGAUUGUAAACAAAUCAAAAGUAGAAUAAUAUUUCAUGAUGCAUAAUCAUUUUAUAAAAUUAAAAGUUUCAGUGUCCAUAAAUCAAGUUUUACUAGAAUACAGUGACACCAUAUAUGUUGUUUAUGGCUCCUUUUGCGCUACAAUGACUGAGUUGAGUAGUUGUGACAGAGACCAUUUGCCAAUCCCCAAUCUAGGGCCUUCUUGUUAUUUACAUGGUCAACACAGGAUCCCAGGGGGCAAGAAGGGUGAGGAUAGAUCACAGAGGAAGCAAACCCCAUGUCUUAAAGUUUCUCCACUAGAUGUGGAAACCAUCAUUUCUACUCACCUCUAUUGGUAAGAAGCUAGCCAUAGUCAUGUCUAAUAGCCAGGGUGCUAAAAAUAGUCCAUAGCUAGGCAGCCAGGUACCCAGCCCCAAUCUGAUUAUUGUGAAGAAAAAGGAAAGAACAAAUUUUGGCAGACAACCAGCAGGUUCCACCACAAAGUCCUCAGAACCACAGCUGAUUUUUCCAUUGUGAUCCAUGUACUUAUUUUCUUCGAAGCUACAUUGUCUUAUUUGAAAUAUAGGCCCACCUGCCCUCUUUACCAAACCGUGCUCUGAAAAUGCAUUUAAGAAGAUGCAUUUAAGGUCCCACAUCGGGCUCCCUGCUCCACGGGAGGCCUGCUUCUCCCUCUCCCACUCCCCCUGCUGUGCUCCCUCUCCCACUCCCCCCUGCUGUCUCUCUCUGUCAUAUAAAUAAAUAAAAUCUUUAAAAAAAAAAAAGAUGCAUUUAAGAAGAUCUGUAUGGCAAUGUCAACUCACUUGAAGUAAGGCUUAAAAGACAAUUAUAAUUCAAGUCAUUCCUUACACUUAGAUAGUUGUACUCUUAAAAACAUUUACGAUCACCAUUUGAAUGUUCAUUCUAGAAACUACAGUGUAUGGAAGAGAAAAGUGCAGAGCUUGACUGGGUUGGGGGAAGGACAGAUUUUCUGUGAUGGUGUUUCUCACCUGGCCAAGAAUGAACAGAUGAUAUGAUGAUGCCCACAGCAUCUACGCCCCUGCCCCACCCAGUGUCUUAGCUGUUGCUUAAUGACUAGUAGAGACAAAUCACACAUUUUGAAAACCAUUUCAUUUGUUGAAAGUUAUAUAUAAUUUAUUGAAUAUUAUAUAUGUGCUUUAUAUUCUUUUGGAUGAUGGCAAGAUACAUAAACAGUGCAAAGAUGAGAACCUUUCAGAAUCAGAAAUAAGAAUUCAUAUGAAUGAAAUAAGAGUAGAACUUUCAGACACCUGACCUGAGUAGAUUUGAGCACAAAAUGCAUUUGACUUUUAGGUUUCUGGCUGAGGGAAACAAAGCAAAUCAUACUGGGUAUAUAAGAGUUCUCCAGAGAAACAGAACCAAUAAGAUCUAUCUAUCUAUCAUCUAUCAUUAUAAUGAUAAUGAUAUAACUAUCUAUCUAUUUAGAUAGAUUGAGAGAUUUAUUAUAGGUAUUGGCUCACACAAUAUGGAGGCUGAGAAGUCCCAUGAUCUGUCAUCUGCAAGCUGGAGAACCAAGAAAAUCAGUGGUGUAAUUCAGUCUGACCUGAAGGUUUGAGAACCAGGGGAACAUAUAGGGUAAGUUGUGGUUUGACAUCGAAGGCCCAAGAAUCAGGGGCUCUAAUGUUCAAGGGCAAGAGAAGAUGGAUGUCCCAGCACCAGCCAAGAGAAGAAAAUUUCCCUUCUUGCUCCUUUUUGUUCAUCCAGGCCCUCGAUGGACUCGAUGAUGCCCACCUGUAUUGAUGAGAGCAAUCUUCUUUAUUCAGUCUACUUAUUCAAGUGCUAUCUCUUCAGAAAAACCCUCGCACACACCCCAAAAAUAUUUUAAUGACCGUCCGAGCAUCCCUUAGCCCAGUGAAGUUGACAUAUAGAAUGAACCUUCAUACAGGGUCAUGUCAUUCUCAUUUAUGGUUCCAGAAAGAACUCAAAUUCAAACAGAAUGCUUUCUGGAUUUUGACUCUAAGAACAACUCUAUGGGAAGUAUUGGUAAAGCUUACAAUUUUGAGCUUGUGGAAGAUAAAUUACUUAAAAUGGUAAAAACGCAGAAGCAUACUUUUAGAAAGGAUCCUACGUAUGUAAAAGUGAGUCUUGUUUUAAUAAAAUCUGAUAUGAGAAACUGAACUGAUAAUAUAAUAUUAUAGGUCAACUAUACUUCAAUAAAAAAAAAAAACUGAAAAAAAGAGGCCUCGUGAGUGUGAUUAUUUACAUUGUAAAGCAAUCACUCCCUUAAAAAAAGACCUAUCUACCAGAAUCUGAAGUGCUGGUGAGAUACAUGAUAUUUGUAGGUAUUGACAGCAAAAGUUUUUCUUUUUAAUUAAUUAAUCAGCUUCUGGCUUUGUUUUUUGCAUUAUAGUUGACAAAAUAUC